CAUUUUUUCUAAAGAACUCAAAGAUGGAACGUGCAAGACGUAUUGAAGGCCACUUGAGAGGAAAUAAAGUAAACUUACAAGCUAAUUUCUGUUCGGCUCCCAAUUUCGCUCAAUCGGACGAAGAUGUAGUUAUAGUUGCAGCUAAAAGAACACCAAUCUGUAAAGCUAAGAGAGGAAGCUUCAAGGAUACUUCUCAUUCUGAUUUACUGAAUGCGGCUCUCCACGCUGUCCUUAAGGAUGGAGGUGUUAGACCGGAUCAGGUUCAAGAUAUUUGCGUUGGUAACGUUUUAAGACCUGGAUCAGGUGCAAAUGAUUUUAGAAUGGCUCAAUUAUUUGGUGGCUUCCCCGAAACAGUACCACUAACUACCUGUAAUAGGCAAUGUUCUUCCGGUUUACAAGCGGUGAUGAACAUUGUAGGAUCCAUCAGAGCUGGCCAAAUCGAUAUCGGAAUUGGUGCUGGGGUAGAGUCUAUGUCAAUUGAUAGCAUGGGAGCCGCAGCUAACAUGGCAAUCCAUCCUAAAGUCUUUGAACACGAAACAGCCGUUCAAUGUCUCUUACCUAUGGGAAUGACCUCUGAGAACGUUGCCGAAAGAUAUGGUAUCACUAGACAGCAGCAGGAUGAAAUGGCUGUACGAUCACAUGCAAAUGCGGCAAAAGCUCAAAAUAACGGUCUAUUCGAUAAUGAAAUUGUACCUGUUAAAACAGUACUAAUUGGCAAAGAUGGCGAAGAAAAAGAAGUUAUUGUUUCUAAAGAUGAUGGUGUAAGAGAAGGAACAAAUCUCUCAAUUCUUGGUAAAUUAAGAGCCGCUUUCAAAGAAAAUGGAUCAACAACUGCAGGAAAUUCAAGCCAAGUUAGCGAUGGAGCUGCUGCAGUCUUACUUGCUAGGAGAAAUGUUGCCAGAAAAUUAGGCCUACCAAUUUUGGGUGUUGUACGCUCGUACGCUGUCGAAGGAGUUCGUCCGGACGUGAUGGGUAUUGGACCCGCCGUUGCCAUUCCAUCAGCACUGAAAAAAUUAUCACUUAACAUUAACGAUAUCGAAAUUUAUGAAAUUAAUGAGGCUUUUGCAUCGCAAGCAACUUACUGUGUCGAUAAACUUGGCAUUCCAGCCGAAAAAGUUAAUCCUAAGGGUGGAGCCAUCGCUCUUGGUCAUCCUUUGGGUUGUACAGGAGCAAGACAAAUUUCUACUUUGUUGCACGAACUAAAACGAAGGGGAAAGAGGGGAUUGGGAGUUGUGUCAAUGUGCAUCGGAACAGGAAUGGGAGCAGCAGCAGUAAUUGAAUACCCUGGAAACUAAUUUCUAUUAUAUUAGCAAUAAAUUAAUAAUGUUCUCUUUCUUUGAAUCCUUAUUCUCCCUGAUUUUCUAUUAAUUAUUCUCCCAUAUUCUUUCAAUAUUUUUCCAUAAAAGAGAAAUUUUUGAUUACCUUAUCAGACAAACAAAUAUCUUUUUGUCUUUAUAUAUCAGUAUAUAUGUUAAUAAUUCAAUAUUAUGCAUAAUUUCUAAGAAAUAUUUGCAAUUCAGAAGAAAAGUGAAAGCUUUAGUGAAAAAAACACUGUCAAAUUUUACACUAGAAUAAACAAUGAUCAAAGUUAAUAAAUAGAAGUAAUUCUGGUAUUGCGUGCUUGCAAUAGAAAUUUCAUUAUUUAGUCUAAAGUAAUAUAGUUUCCAUUUUAAAAAUAUAAUCAAAGUAGCCUUGGAAAUGAGAAAAAGACUUUUUUUCCAUAUUGUAACAGACUUUAAAUAAUGUAUUUAUACCACCUUAAGAGAUGGGUUUUUGUUAUUAUAUAUUUUCUUGAAAUAACUUAUGAAUCAGUUGUGUACAUUGGCUUUCCU